CGUCUCGUCUCCUACGCGCGUCCAAGCACCCCAUCAGUGUAGGGGCUAGCUAGCAGCAUUGGUGCCGUGUCAGUGUGACACUGGACUGAAAUUCUCUAGCUAUAGGUAGUAGCAAGCUAAGAGAAAAAGCAUGUCGAAGGAUGACGUGACGGCGGAGGCGGAGGCCGCGGCGAAGGCGCCGUACUGGGAUCCGCCGCCGGCGCCGCUGCUGGACACGAGCGAGCUGAAGAAGUGGUCCCUGUACCGCGCGCUCAUCGCCGAGUUCAUGGCCACCCUCAUCUUCCUCUACGUGAGCAUCGCCACCGUCAUCGGGUACAAGAACCAGUCCAAGGCCGAAUCGUGCACCGGCGUCGGCGCCCUCGGCAUCGCCUGGUCCUUCGGCGCCACCAUCUUCAUCCUCGUCUACUGCACCGGCGGCAUCUCAGGCGGGCACAUCAACCCGGCGGUGACGUUCGGUCUGUUCGUGGGGCGGAAGCUGUCGCUGGUGCGCACGCUGCUGUACAUCGUGGCGCAGUGCCUGGGCGCCAUCUGCGGCGUGGGCAUCGUCAAGGGGAUCAUGAAGGUGCCCUACAACUCCCUCGGCGGCGGCGCCAACGCGGUGGCCACGGGCCCCUCCGACGGGGUGCUCACGGGUUACUCCGUCGGCAGCGCCCUGGCCGCCGAGAUCGUCGGCACCUUCAUCCUCGUGUACACCGUCUUCUCCGCCACCGACCCCAAGCGCACGGCGCGCGACUCCUUCAUCCCCGUGCUCGUGCCGCUGCCGAUUGGGUUCGCGGUGUUCGUGGUUCACCUGGCGACCAUUCCCAUCACCGGCACCGGCAUCAACCCGGCCAGGAGCCUCGGCGCCGCCGUCGUGCACGCAGCAUGGAAAGACCAUUGGAUCUUCUGGGUUGGGCCGCUGAUCGGGGCGACGGUGGCGGCGUUGUACCACAAGCUCGUGCUGCGCGGGGAGGCCGUCAAGGCGCUCGGCUCCUUCAGGAGCACCAGCGCCACGGUGUGAGAGUGAGAGCAUCUAAUUCUGCUUCCUGCCUGCAGCGUAUAAACGUGCAUAUGAAGCGCGAAGCUGUUGAUUUGCCUGAACAAGAUUGGCGCCCUCCGUGUGUGUAGUUCCUCCAACUGAUUCCCAAUUCGUUGUCGAUCGUCUCCUUCAAUAUAUGCAAUAUGCUACGGGGUGCUUAUUACACGAACAGUAUGUAUGCACGCUUGUCCGUGCCAUUUCUUUUUUUUGUUUGGGAACUACGAGGUCGUCCAUGUAUAUAAACCUAUGUUCUGCUUGAUUAGUUAUCUAUACACAUGUUGUUACCAAUUCAGUACGUAUA